GGGUUUUCUAUUGAUUUAUUUUCAACAACCCCGCAAAGAAAUCAAAAAGGAAAGAUGAAAACUUUACUUUAUUUCCAUUCACACGCUCCCUGAAUCAAUAAUUUGGUUUCACCGGUGGAUUUUUUUGGGUAAAUUCGAUAAAUGGAAGCUAGAGUUGGGAUGUCAGCACAUGGAGGGGUUGUGGACGGUGGUACAUCUGCCAGGAAGUUUGUACACCAUCAACCUUCUCGGCCGCGACGACAGCAGCAGCAGCCUGUGUCGCAGAUUGGAACUAUUCCUCAACUCGUCGCCGGUGGCGUCGCCGGAGCUUUCAGUAAGACCUGCACAGCUCCUUUAGCUCGCCUAACCAUUCUCUUUCAGGUUCAAGGUAUGCAUUCUGAUGUUUCAAUAUUGAGCAAGCCUAGCAUAUGGCGCGAAGCUGUACGAAUUGUCAAUGAGGAAGGUUUUAGAGCCUUCUGGAAAGGGAAUUUGGUUACGAUUGCUCACAGGCUUCCGUAUUCUUCGAUCAGCUUCUAUGCUUAUGAACGUUACAAGAACAUUUUAAAAUCUAUUCCAGGCCUUGAUGCUCAUGGGGAAAAUGCAAGUGUAAAUGUUUUUGUGCAUUUUGUUGGUGGUGGUUUGGCUGGAAUGACAGCUGCUUCUGCAACAUAUCCACUGGAUCUCGUCAGAACACGGCUUGCUGCACAGAGGAAUGCAAUAUACUACCGGGGCAUUUGGCAUGCGCUUCAUACUAUAUGCAGAGAUGAAGGUUUCCUUGGCUUGUACAAAGGGCUCGGAGCUACAUUAUUGGGUGUUGGACCCAGUAUAGCAAUAAGCUUUUCUGUUUACGAGAGUCUGAGAUCCUAUUGGAAUUCUCAAAGGCCCAAUGAUUCUGUGGUUGCUGUCAGUCUUGCUUGUGGAAGUCUUUCUGGCAUUGCAUCGUCAACAGCAACAUUCCCUUUGGAUCUUGUGAGGCGAAGAAUGCAAUUGGAAGGGGCUGCUGGUAGGGCCCGAGUGUAUAAUACUGGGUUGUUCGGGACAUUUAGGUCCAUUAUCCGUGCUGAAGGCUUGCGUGGUUUGUACAGAGGAAUUAUUCCUGAAUACUACAAGGUUGUUCCAAGUGUGGGGAUUGUCUUCAUGACAUAUGAAACGCUGAAGAAACUACUGUCACAACGGCCUUUUAGUUCUUAAUCUUUGCUUCUGGCCAAGGAUCUUCCUCCAUGCAGUUUGCAACUCGUGUCACUAUGGAUGCUGUAAGGAUCAGUUUUGGUUAAAAUACAUGGGAGUUAGAAUUAGUUUGUAAGUUUCCUUGUUUACUCGGAAAAAAUUCUGUGGAGGAAAAUUAUAUGGUUGCUACCAAUAACAAUUUUUCGAUGUAUAGGCUACUUGGUAGUAGAGUGUCUUGCGUCAGGUUUUAUCAUUCAGAAUAUGUUUUCAUUAUUUUUAUUGUUCUAGGGUCAUUUUUAUAUAUCGAUCAUUGUAACCUUAUCAAAUUUUGUUGCCUAUUCAAAUUGUGCCUCAACUGAUUUUAUUCUUUGAAUUAUAGAGAAAUCACUGUA